GAGAGAGAGAGAAGAGAAGAGACUGAAGCAAGAAUGGAGCAAUUCGAUACACGGAUUCCCACGUCGAAGAAGCCUCUGUCAACACUCUCCUGAAUCUUAAAUUCCGAAGCUUUAUUCCAGAAGCUCCAAAAGGGUCAGGGUUUUCAGCUCUCACUUUCUGUAUUUUUACUCGAAGUUUGAAUCUCUGUUGUUGAAUUUCUAUUCUGUUACAAAAUCCGAGCUUGUUUGACCCUAAUGAUCCUUAAUGUGCUACAUUAAGUUUAUCUAGGGUUUUGGAGAGUAUAAUUGGAAGUUUUAAGUCGUCGGAUAAAAUGGAUUGGGGUUUACUUGUCGUCACAGAGAGGUAUCGUUUACGGGGUUUCAACAUCGUGGUUGAAUGAAAUGGAUGUUUUUUCCUGUACCAUAGCAGAGUUUGGAUUAGUGUUUGAGUUCUGUGGUUAAAAUUCAAAAUUUUGGACAAUUGGUUUUGGAGGGAGAGUUAGUUUGAGAAUUGGGAUCUCUGGUGCUUUGGACUCUACCCCUCCAAUGUUGAUACCAUGUGGGUUUGGUUUCUGAUCUGAAGGAUGUGUUUGGAUUUCUCGGCGUGGGAGGGGAAAAGACUUGUUUGGAAGAUGUUUUUCCUGGGAAAACGGCGAAACCCUAGUUUAUAAGUAGUUGAAUUUGGGGUUACUGGUUUUGUGUUUGGACAGUGGGUAUUUUUGUGAUCUUGUUUAUUGUUGUCUAUGGACCUUAUGUGUUGUUGAGAGAUGAAACCGCCAAAUCCACACCAACGGAUCAAUCUUGCUGAAUUGAAAGCUCAGAUAGUUAAGAAGCUUGGGUCGGAGGGAUCGAAACAGUAUUUUUAUUAUUUGAGUAGAUUUUUGACUUUGGAGAUAAGCAAGGUUGAAUUCAAUAAGCUUUGCGUUCGAAUUGUUGGGAGAGAGAAUAUUCCAUUGCAUAAUCAGUUCGUUCAUUCAAUUCUCAAGAACGCUUGUGGUGCAAAAGUCCCACCAUUGGAUCCUGAUAAGGAAGUUGUGAAGUCUGUUUCCGUGAGAGGAGUUGGAAAUAAAGAGCCUCAGAGUGACAACCACAACCAAAGUGUGCCCGAUUUGUCUAGUUUGUCAAAUGGGGACAUUCUGGCAUUGUCGCCCCGAAAGGCGAGGACAGGAACUCGCGACAGGAAGGUUUUGGAUCGUCGACCAAAUGGAAAGAUGCACGUUGUUUCACACCAGUCAUCGACCGAGCAAUACAGCAGUUCUAAUGGUUUCUUAGAAAAUGGGGAUUUGACUCUGCACGAUAUUCAAAGGCCGUUGCUGCAUAAUCAAGGACUAGCAGAUCAAGGCAACACUGAAGGGCAUCUUUCCACAUUAAAAGACAAAUUUCCAGAUGGUUCACUAGCGGUACAUAGGAAAGACCCCAGAGAAGCAGUUACGUCUGAAAAUUGGAAAGAGGGUUCAUCAAGGAGUGUACUAUGUGCCCCACUUGGUGUUCCAUCUUACCCGGUAAGCAUAGGCGGAUCCCACAAAACAAUACCCUUGGCAUGCUCAUUCAACAGUGGUCAUCUGUUGGACACAGCAACCUUGAGGGAACGAAUGGAGCAGAUCGCUGCAACACAGGGCCUUGAUGGUGUCCCAAUGGAUUGCGCCAAUUUGUUGAACUUUGGUUUGGAUGCUUACUUGAAGGGUUUGAUUGUGUCGUGUAUUGAACUAGUGGGGGCAAGAUCGGGGCAUUUGCCAACAAAGAGCACUGCCCACAAGCACCAGGCUCAUUUGAAGCCUGUUAGGCCGAAUCAUCAUAUCUUCCAAAGUACCAGUAGGCAAAUGGAAGGCAUGCAAGAUAGAAGACCCCAUUGUACAGUAUCAUUAUCUGAUUUCAGGGUUGCGAUGGAGCUGAACCCACAGCAGCUUGGUGAAGACUGGCCAUUACUGCUGGAGAAAAUAUGUACUCGUUCAUGUGAGGAAUAAAAACAAGCAGCCAAACUCAGGUGUUUCUGUUUUUUUCACGGGCCACGCCUUUAGGCACAUUGAUGCAGUAACUUUUCUUUUAUAGCCUUUCUGAACUAGUUGACUGACAUAUAGAUAAAGCUCUUCCCUUCAAAGAUGGUGGAGUUCAAAAUUUCCUCUUUGAUGUCUCCUGCUUCAGAACUUGUGGUUGGUCAAAAGUACGGUAUUUAUCAUCAAUCAAAGGGUUGAAAAAGAUUGCAAUGAAGGGUUGCACUGUUGUAACAUUAGGAUAUGUCUCACCGCAUGUACUCUACUUUCUUUGUAAUUUACUGUCCAUUAAGAGGAAACUUAGAAUCAGUUUUGCAGGAAUAAUCUGUGUAGUCUGGUAGGGAGAUAAAAUUGCUUCUAAGGGUUUUGUUCAUGUAUUUUCAACUCUGGGAAUUGAUUGGUUAUUCUUGGUGAUAUAACAAUUAUUUUCUUCAAA